ACAUUCUUUUCAUGCUAAGUGUGUAUACUUGAAGACUAUAGUCUACAUGUUGAUGGAAGAGACUGACAUAGAUCUACUUAUGCUAUAGUUUCAACGGAAGCACUCAAAGGAUCUACUGUCCAUUCCCCUCAGCACAUUUCGGUCUAUAGGCUACUUUCAGCUCUAGAGACAGCAACCAAAAUGACACGGCUGCGCAAAAAAGCUUUCAUUGCACUUUUCUUAUUCACCCUCUUCAUCUUCGGGACCAUGAUGGGCCUCAGAACACUGAAACCCAGCGAUGGCUUCUCAGACCUGGCCCCGGGGAUGGGAGAGUUUGUGGGGGAAAGAGGAGGCGACCGGAAACCGCCAGUCUCAAACGACAUGGUAGUUUCCCCUGGUCAGUCCCAUCUAGCCAGCGACACCAAAGUCGUUUUCACAAAAUCCGACCGUGACUACAGUAUAUUCUAUGACGUACAAAUAUUCUAUUACCUGUGGUAUGGCACCCCACAGAUGGACGGUAAAUAUAUUCACUGGGACCAUGUUCUAGUGCCGCACUGGGACCCUAAAAUCGCUGCCAGCCACGCCAAAGGAAGACACACUCCUCCAGAGGACAUAGCCGCGAGUUUCUUCCCGGAGCUAGGACCAUACAGUUCGAGAGACCCCACUGUGCUGGAGUCACAUAUGUCGCAGAUUGAAGCGGCUGCAGCAGGGGUACUGGUUCUGUCGUGGUAUCCGCCUGGCAUUGCAGACAACCAUGGUGAGCCAUGUGAAGACCUGGUGCCUGCUGUCAUGGACGCUGCCCACAGACACAGCAUCAAGGUGGCGUUCCACAUCCAGCCGUACAAGGGACGGACUGACCUCAGCAUGCAUGAUAACAUCAAAUACAUCAUUGACAAGUACGGGAACCACGGCGCCUUCUACCGCUUCAGGUCGACCACGGGGCGGAUCCUUCCUCUGUUCUACGUCUACGACUCCUACCUGACCCCGCCUGAGGCCUGGGCCGAACUGCUCCACCCCGCCGGCGCCCACACCCUCCGCGGCACGCCCUACGACGGUGUCUUCCUCGCCCUGGUCGUAGAGGAACGCCACAAACACGAGAUCCUGGCCGGUGCCUUCGACGGCAUGUAUACGUACUUCGCCUCCAACGGCUUCUCCUUCGGCUCCUCUCACCAGAACUGGAAGGCGGUUAAGGCCUUCUGUGACGGUAACAACCUGCUGUUUGUGCCCAGCGCCGGGCCGGGAUACGUCGACACCGCAGUGAGGCCAUGGAACAACCACAACACGAGGAACAGGGUCAACGGACGCUAUUAUGAGACCAGCCUGCAGGCGGCAUUGUCGGUGCGGCCGGAGAUUGUGACCAUCACGUCAUUCAACGAGUGGCACGAGGGGACACAGAUCGAGAAGGCGGUGCCUAGGAAGACGGUGUCGCGGCUGUAUCUCGACUACCAGCCCCACCGGUCAGAUCUGUACCUGGAACUCACCAGGAAGUGGGCCGAACACUUUAACAAGGAGAAAGACAAGUGGCUCAUGUAGAAGACAGGACUCCUGACUGGACUGUGUCGAAGGGAAUAAUACUUUUUAGGUGUGACUGAGGAGCUUUUCACACUACUGAGCCGAACCGAGCCAAACCAAGCUGUACUGAGCUGGCCUGGAUAGUGGUUACACGUCCUCCAUAGUUGCUGGAACCAGGCUGAAAAUAAAAAUGUGGAAAGAAAAUAGCACAGCAAGCACAGUUUGGUUUGGGUCAGCGUGAUAGUGUGAAAAUGGUAGGAGUGGCCUCACUGCUGGGUAUUCUGGGUCAAUGUGAAUAUACACUCCUCUAUGUAUUUAUUUGGACAGUGCAAAUUUGGCCCUAUACUCCAGCAUUUUGGAUUUGAGAUCAAAUAUUUCAUAUGAGGCGAUAGUACAGAAUGUGACCUUUUAUUUUAGGGUAUUUUCAUACAUAUGUUUUACUGUUUAGAAAUGAAAUACCUUAAUGUGAAUGGUGAAUAACGUACUGGAGUCACUUUUAUUGCUUCACUGUCCAAAUGAAUACAGAGGGGAGUGUAUGUCUUUGACUGGAACAAAUGGGACUGAGACUGCUCACACCAUUGACUUAGCAACAAUUCCACCUGGCCUAUCAGAGGGCAAGAUGGAGGUUCCACUAUAUUGCUUACACCUAUCCAAUCCUAUUACACUUAUCCAAUCCUCUCAGAUCUGCAAAAGUGUCUAGGGGGAGGGGGUGUCACGACUUCCUCCAAAGCUGCCCCCUCUCCUUGUUCGGGCAGGCUUCGGCGUUCGUCGUCACCGGCC